CUUAAAUAACAGUUAAACGGGGCCGAGGGACGACAAUGAAUCUCACAGAACGCCAGCGAGCUGACAGAGUGUGUGUAAGGACGACUUACGCUGUCGUGUUAGACAGACGGACUGCCUCAGCAGCCUCCUGUGUGUCAAACAACAAUCAAUGCCUCUAUUUCAUCCAGCAACCAACUGACACGUUUCCCAGGAAACCAGGCAGUACAGUCUCAUUUCUCUACACACCAGCUCUGAGUGGAUGCUCAGCAGGGGUGUUUGAGAUAUUAGCCCGCUGUGGGGGGAAACGGCUCAGGGACUUCUACCAUCCACACACAAAGAGCCGGCAGUCAGGAGGAAUAUGGGCAAAUCCGAAAGCCAAAUGGAUAUCAUGGAGAAAUCAAGUAAACCUGGAAAGCGUCGUUGGACUGUUGCAGAAAUUGGUCUGUCCGUGCUGCUGCUGUUGGUCAGCUGUGCCUUGGCUGGGCUGGUAGUCCUCUACACGUCGGUUGUGAAAGAGCAAUCUAACAAGACGAGUGUGUCCAGGAGCUCAACAAGUGAAGGCCAGCUGUUUCGCUCCAGCCUCAGCAGUGUGUGCACAACUGCGGACUGUGUUACUGCAGCUGCCCGGCUCUUGCAGAACAUGGAUCAGUCUGUGAAGCCUUGUGAUAAUUUCUACCAGUAUGCCUGCGGGGGCUGGCUGGAGAGACACGUCAUCCCGGAGACCAGCUCCCGCCACAGCGUCUUUGACAUUCUGAGGGACAAGCUGGAGAUUGUCCUCAAAGGUGUUCUGGAGACGGAGAAUGAACAGGACAGAAAUGCAAUCAAGAAGGCCAAAGUUCUUUACAACUCCUGCAUGAAUGAGAGCCUCAUAGAGCAGCGUGACUCCCAGCCCCUCCUGAAGCUCAUUGAGAGUAUCGGAGACUGGCCCGUGGCGUCAGAUGACUGGAACACCACCACAGAGGAAGCAUGGAGCCUCGAGGACACACUGGCAAAGCUCACUUCUCAUUUCCACAAGAAGGUUCUGCUGGAUAUGUACGUGUGGACAGACGACCGGGACUCUCGGCGCCAUAUCAUUUAUAUUGACCAGCCUGGACUGGGUAUGCCAUCAAGAGACUAUUACUUCAAUGAUGGAAACUACAAAAAGGUUCGAGAGGCCUACCUACAUUUCAUGGUCUCUAUUGCGAAGAUAACCCGAGAGGACAGGAACUUGACUCAGGAUGAUGACCGUGUGUGGGAGGAAAUGAUGCAAGUGCUGGAGCUGGAGACAGACAUCGCCAACGCCACAUCACCGGCAGAGGAGCGCCAAGAUGUCACCAUUCUCUAUAAUAAGAUGACUAUUGGAGAGCUGCAGAACACAUUCAGCUUUAAUGGGUUUAACUGGACACGGUUUAUUCAAGGCGUGCUGUCCAGUGUGUCUGUUGAGGUGCAGCUUGAGGAGGAGGUGGUGGUGUACAGCUCUCCCUACCUUGAGAAGAUGAAUGACGUUCUCUCCAAACACAGUGUCAGAACUAUGCAGAACUACCUCACCUGGCAGCUCAUCAUCGACAGAGUGAACAGCUUGAGUCGCCGUUUCAAAGACGCUAGAGCCCGUUACAGAAAGACUCUCUAUGGGACCACAGUGGAGGACGCUUGGUGGCGAGAAUGCGUCCGUUACGUCCAGAGCAGCAUGGAGAACGCAGUUGGAGCUCUGUAUGUGCAUGAGACCUUUGCAGGAGAAAGCAAACGAAUGGUCAGUGACCUCAUCAGUAAGAUCCAGAAAGCGUACGUGGAAACACUGGAGGAGUUAAGCUGGAUGGAUUUUCCCUCAAAGGAGAAGGCAAGAGAGAAGGCCAUGGCAAUCAAGGAGCAUAUUGGUUAUCCAGAUCAUAUUCUGCAGGACAGCAACAAGAAGCUUGACCAGGAGUAUGCUCAUCUGAAUUUUAGUGAAGAGCACUACUUUGAGAACAUCCUCGAGAACCUCAAGUCAGAGGCACACAAGAGUCUGAAGAAGCUCAGAGAACCUGUGGACCCCGACCUGUGGAUCAUUGGUGCUGCUGUAGUGAAUGCUUUCUACUCACCCAACAGAAACCAGAUUGUGUUUCCAGCAGGAAUCCUGCAGCCGCCUUUCUUCAGUAAACAUCAGCACCAGGCACUCAACUUUGGUGGCAUAGGAAUGGUUAUCGGACAUGAGAUCACACACGGAUUCGAUGACAAUGGGCGUAAUUUUGACAAGGAUGGUAAUAUGCUAAACUGGUGGAGUAAUUACUCUGCUGAGCAUUUUAAAGAGCAGUCACAGUGCAUGGUGCAACAGUAUGGCAACUUCAACUGGAAGCUAGCGGGAGGACAAAACGUCAGUGGAAUCAGCACUUUGGGGGAGAACAUUGCAGACAAUGGAGGGGUUCGUCAGGCAUAUAAGGCUUAUCUAAAGUGGGUGGAGAUGGAGGGUGAGGAGCCUCGUCUGCCUGGUCUAGACAUGGAUCACAAGCAACUUUUCUUUCUCAACUUUGCCCAAGUGUGGUGCGGUGCUUAUCGGCCUGAGUAUGCCAGCCAGUCCAUCAAGACUGACUCACACAGUCCCUUAGAGUACAGGGUGCUUGGAUCUCUCCAGAAUUUCGAAGCGUUCUCAGAAGCUUUCCAGUGUCAAAAAGGCAGUCAAAUGAACCCCGAGCAGAAGUGCCGUGUCUGGUAGAUAAUUUCACUCUUGAGAAAUGUAUUUCUUGACUUGGGCAACUCAAAUCAAAAGAACAAGUCUUACUGCUUCAACCCACAGACACCCUGCUCAUUUCCAAUUUAUUUGGGGCAGAGUGAUGAUGAUGCAGAUAUUUGCAUAUACUGUAGAUGUAUUCAAAAUGGAUGACAUCCUAGUUUUAAAACUUGAAGCACAUAUACUAUAAAAAAGGAAACUUGGUAGAGGAUCCUCUCAAGUUUGAAGUGUUGUCUCUGGACGAGUGGGUCACUUGUUCGUUUUUUUGUUUUUUUUUUGCUGUGUCCCACGACAGCUGGGUACAUGAAUUAAACGGCUACAUAGAAAACAAAGACCUUGUGAAAUAGGUUAAAGCUUAAAUGGCUGGCUUUAAAUGCUUCGCCAGCCUUUCUUGAAUUAAUCCUUUAAAAAAAAAAUCUCUUUUGCAGAUCUUUGUGAUUUAUCCACCAUCGUUUGGCACUGAGUUACCUCUUUCCUCUGAUGUAUUGUUUUCAAGACAUUGUGCCACUUCAGAAGAAACAAUAGUGAACAAAUCUGACUCCGACUGAAGGGUAUGAAGUAAAUGAAAGCUCGGGGCUUUGCCGAAGUAAAGCUACAAUAGAAUUAGUCACACUCCGAGAGUUUGGUCAUUCACUGUUACAUGAAACAAAUUACCUAAAGACUUUAAGACUGUUAAAUCUUUGCAGCUUUAACCUUAAAUUAACAUUCACAGAGAGCUGCGGCUCUCCACAUUUUUACACUGACAGAGUGGAUAAGUAUUUAAAAUUUACAAAGCUAUUUAGUACUUUUUGGAGGAUAAUUUUUUUCUAAGUUUCUUUAUCUCGUCCUGCAAAUGAUUGUUGCUUAAUACUCGCUGCAGAAAUGUAUAUGUACGUCAUGAGAGUUUUCCUGUAUCCCAGAUGUUUUGAAGAAUACUGGUGGCCUGCUGCUUUUAAGCUAGUGAGAAAACAUCUGUUGGAGAUAGAGUGAUGUGAUAAUGAUAAAAAAAAAAAAAACAAUGUAUAUCACUUUAUUGCAUUAUUGUUUACCAGAAGUGUGGACUCGAGUCACUUGACUUGGACUUGAAUCACAAAUUUGAUGACUCAAAGACGCUCAACUCACUUCAGACUUUAACACCAAUGACGUGUGACUACUCUUGGACUUAAAAAUACUUAAUAACUUCCCCCAAAGCAAAAUUAAGAGUUAAGUUAUGUCAAAAGUGUGCCCCGGAUCAAUUCAUUUUUCCAGUCAUUUCCUGAAUCAACUAAAAAUAACGCUGCUCAUUCUGAACAGGUUGACACUUCAUCCCAAGAUGAUCCAUUUUGUAUAAACCAAUCCAACAGCAUCCAAUCAAGUUGCAGGAGAGAACUAUAAAAAACUAAUGUUGCAAAACAUGAUACCAAAGAUAAUUUAAUAAGUGUAAAACUACAUGGUUGUCAACAAAAAACCAACUAAGUAUGCAAAACAUGGGUUUAAGAUUACAGAGACACAACUACUUCCAACUUUGUUCAACACACGAGCAGUAAGUUGAGGCUAAUAUUAACAUAGUGAGCUAAUUUGUAGCUAACGUUAGCAUAACAGCUAUGUGACUUCUUAACAAGCUUAUUUUAAACAAAUAAAUACAAAUGAUUAAAAGCAUUAUGAUUUUUGUAAAUUUUAAGAUAUCCUGUUGUUUAAAUGACAUUUGUUAAAGAAUGCAUUAUGACUUGUUAUGGACCCGAUACUGGAACUUUAGGACUUUGGACUUGACUUGGGGCUUGUUAGUCUUGAUUUUAAUAUUAUUAGUCUUGACUUGGGGCUUGACUUGGGACUUGUUAGUCUUAACUUGGGGCUUGUUAGUCUUGACUUGGGGCUUGUUAGUCUUGACCUAGGUCUUGUUAGUCUUGACUUAGGUUUUGUUAGUCUUGACUUGGGGCUUAUUAGUCUUGACUGAGGUCUUGUUUGACUUGACUUGGGGCUUGUUAGUCUUGACUUAAGGCUUAGUAGUAUUGACUUGGCCAUGGCUUGGGGCUUAUUAGUCUUGACUUGGGGCAUAUUAGUCUUGAUUUGGAGCUUGUUAGUCUUGACUUGGGGCUUGUUAGUCUUGACUUAGGGCUUAUUAGUCUUCACUUGGCCAUGGCUUGGGGCUUAUUAGUCUUGAUUUGGGGCUUAUUAGUCUUGACUUGGGGCUUGUUAGUCUUGACUUAGGUCUUGUUAGUCUUGAUUUUAAUAUUAUUAGUCUUGACUUGGGGCUUGACUUGGGACUUGUUAGUCUUAACUUGGGGCUUGUUAGUCUUGACUUGGGGCUUGUUAGUCUUGACCUAGGUCUUGUUAGUCUUGACUUAGGUCUUGUUAGUCUUGACUUGGGGCUUAUUAGUCUUGACUGAGGUCUUGUUUGACUUGACUUGGGGCUUGUUAGUCUUGACUUAAGGCUUAGUAGUAUUGACCCGGCCAUGGCUUGGGGCUUAUUAGUCUUGACUUGGGGCAUAUUAGUCUUGAUUUGGAACUUGUUAGUCUUGACUUGGGGCUUGUUAGUCUUGACCUAAGGCUUAGUAGUAUUGACUUGGCCAUGGCUUGGGGCUUAUUAGUCUUGACUUGGGGUUUGUUAGUCUUGACUUGGGGCUUGUUAGUCUUGACUUGGCCAUGGCUUGGGGCUUAUUAGUCUUAAUUUCGGGUUUAUUAGUCUUGACUUCGGGCUUGUUAGUCUUGACUUAGGGCUUAUUAGUCUCGACUUGGCCAUGGCUUGGGGCUUAUUAGUCUUAAUUUCGGGUUUAUUAGUCUUGACUUCGGGCUUGUUAGUCUUGACUUAGGGCUUAUUAGUCUCGACUUGGCCAUGGCUUGGGGCUUAUUAGUCUUGAUUUGGGGCUUAUUAGUCUUGACUUGGGGUAUAUCAGUCUUGACUUCGGGCUUGUUAGUCUUGACUUAGGGCUUAUUAGUCUCGACUUGGGGCUUGAUAGUCUUGACCUAGGUCCUAUUAGUCUUGACUUGUGGCUUAUUAGUCUUGACAUGGGGCUUGUUAGUCUCGACUUGGAGUUUAUUAAUCUUGAUUUGGGGCUUAUUAGUGUUGACUUGGGGGUUGUUAGUGUUGACUUGGGGCUUGUUAGUCUUAACUUGGGGCUUAUUUUUAUUAUUUUAUGCCAUUUGGUGAAGAGUGCAUUAUGACUUGUUUAGCACCCAAAACUGGAACUUUAGGACUUUGGACUUGACUUGUGGCUUGUUAGUCUUGACUUAGGGCGUAUUAGUCUUGAUUUGGGAGUUGUUUGUCUUGACUUUGGGGUUGUUAGUCUUGACUAGUGGCUUGUUAGUCUUAACUUGAGGCUUAAUUGUCUUGACUUGGGGCUUGACUUGGAACUUGACUGCAAAGACUGACAUGUGACUUGCAGAACAAUGACUCGGUCCCACCUCUGUUGGCUGCUGCCCAAUUUAGCUCCAGAUUUGGAUCUACAGUCGGUUGCUAAUCACCGCUGUGUUGUGUGUGUGUGUGAAGCUCCCUCUUGUUUCCUGCUUCCACACAUUCCACCUUCUACAUGAUUUUGAGACAUUAUCAAAACUCUUCACAUGUGCCAUUUGUUAGACAGCACUUAACAUUUAAUCAGAAUUAUAAUGUCUGCUUGUAUGAUAUCUGUAAGUUUACAUUUAACUCAACACACGGUGAUCGAUUUGUAGAAGUGUUAUUUCCUUCACCAUGCGAUCUCCUGAGAGGAGAUGAGAACACACAGUGAUUACAAGACUUUUAGCCUCUGGGCAUAGCCAAUUACAUGCUAAGGGGAGGACAGAAGAACACACACACACACACACUCACACAUGGACAGGCAGCAGAUGAAGUGGUUUGCCCUCUGAUCUCACAUUGAUCAGCGCUGUGUAAGAUGAAAGGAUGAAGUGCGGUGUGCUGAAGCGUGGUGACCGCUGUAGCCGAAACCACAAGCCCACAGGCAGACACACACUGAAGAAUGGGGCUUGUCAUUAAAGAGAUAGCCAGGGCCAAGACUGUUAUUUUCUACCUUUAUUAACAAGUAAUGACAGGAGAAUCAAAGCAGAGCAGAGCUCAUAAGAGAGGGACUGGCUGCAGGGAGCAGCCACUGUUUCUGUGCUGAGGAGAGCUUUCAACACACAGCAGAAAAACAAACAGUUUCAAAUGUCUGCUCGUCAUCGGUCAUAUUCAGGCUGCCUUGGUAAACUGAACACAACUUUUAGGUCUCAGAAGCCGAAGUGAAUGUGCAUAUUGAAGCUUUACACUUGUAGUCUGUCUCUCAGUCUUCACAUACUGGCAAAUACUGUUGUGUUGAGCAGAGGGAGAGGACACAUUGAUAAAAACAGACUGUUUUACUAAGAUUGUAAGAGCUAACAGCGUGCUGCCAUCUUAAAGCAAAGGUUUGACAUUUUGAGAGUUGAAAGAUGACAACAUAUCCUGCUCUCAUAUCUGUGCGAUGAAGCUACAGGCAGCAGAUGGUGAGAUUAGCUUAGCAUUGAAACAGGAAACAGUGACUCUAUGGAGCCAGAACAGUGACUUUAGAUUCUGGCAUUGAAAAUUAAAAUUUGGCGUUGAAAACAAAAAGCUGAACUAAAAAGGGAGCUGUUAUGGAUCUGUUAAGAAGCUGGCUCAGGAAACACUGGCAUUGAAACACUUGCAUUUGAAAAAGUUGUAUUGAGAACCUAACGCUUGUUCCAGCGGACCUCUGCCAAACCAUCAGAACGUCAGAAAACUGAAUAGAGACUGAGCGUAGAAUAAAUAAAUAAAGAAAGAAAACCGCAACUUGUCACUGGAGAGAAAACUGACUUGAAGAAAAAAAUCAGAUUGUCACUGACAAAAUCAAAAUAUCAAAAUACAUAAAAUAAGACUGUAAAUAAAUAGUCAAAAAAUAACAAGUGUGUUGCAUUCAAUCUUUAAUGGAAGAUUGGAUUAUUUCUUAAAAGCCUGUGUUGAAUGUUUCACUUAAAGUCCCUGUGGAACAGAAUUUAGAGUGUCUUUAUCUUCCGUACUGUCAUAGGCGGAUUAUGACUCAAUUGGUCCCUGGGCCUGGGAGUGUUCCUAUUGGCCAAAGUGACGGCUGUGACAGGAGAAGUCGUGACCAACAAAAAGAAAAUCAAACAUGCUAGACUACUGUUGGAACGUUGUGAGACUUCCCAGGGGCUGCGUCGAUUGUCGUAUACUAUGACACACUACACAAGAUGAAAUGAUGGAUUAUUGCGUAUGACACUUGUUGUCGUUCACGAUCCAUGCUGACACUGUACGUCACUGCGUCGGGCUAUAAUUGGGCUGAUAUUGUGUAUCGCGUUUUUCUCUCAUGUGACGUCUUCAAAGCAAAUUCUUAGGCUUUUCCUUGAAUUUUUUUUUCUUUUUUAGGACAUAAGGGAAGGGAACUUGACUAUUGCACGCAGUGUUUUUCUAAGCUAUUAAUAACUUGAAGGCUGCGGGUAGGGCCGCAUCACAUUACAACAUUGCUACACUUGCGAGCUGCGGAUAGCCGUCUGCAAUUCAUCCCACCUGCUCCUCAUCAAGCAUCUGAUUUAAUUGCUUGAAGGGGGUAAAUGAUGGCACUGAGGACACUCCAUCUCCUUUAAUUUCCUCCACCAGUUUACAGGUAAAAAGACUGAUUUAAAGACUUGAAUAUAUAUUAUAUUUUCAAAUGCAAAAAUGUCCAGGGAUUUUAUCUGAGAGGGUUAAUAAAAGCAUUUUUCAUUUCAUCUCAACUUUCUUUUAUUGUGCCAAUACAACCUUUUUUGAAUACAAGUAUUUCAAUGCCAGUGUUUCCUUUCUCAGUUCAGGUUUUGUUUUUAAUGCCAAAUGUUAUGUUCAGUGCCAAAAUCUAAAGUUACUUUGUUGGCUCCAUACAAGUCUGGCUCUGCUCAACAGUAACAAAGUCGGGAGCGUAUCUAUGUUUCCCGGGUUCUAUGCUCCCCACUUAACCCUGCAAAAAAGGUUCUAUGUUCCCCGCUUACACAAAGAAGGUUCUGUGUUUCCCGGGUUCUAUGUUCCCGGCUCAACAAAGCGGGAAACAUCAAACCCUUUUUGUGUAAGUGGGGAACAUAGAAC